AUGGAAUAUACUUUUAUUAGCAAAGAUACUUUUAAUGGAAUAAUUGAGCGUUAUAUAAUAAGCCUUCCAGUUUCUAAACAAGAAAAGGCUUUAAUUAAUCUUGAACUUUUGGAUAAAAUUAAAAAUGUGUUAUUAAACCCAAAAGGUCAUACUAUUUGCAAUAAAAAUACACAAAUUUGGAUUAAAAAAAAAUUCAAGCUUGAGGAAAUAACGCCUGAUGACUAUAGAGUUAUUGUAAAAGCAAAUAAUAAUCUAGUAUUAGUAGUUGAAAAUAUGUACAAAGUUUUAUGCCGAACUCAUGCUGAAGUUACACAACAUGGAGGACAAAAACAAACUUGGAAAUCACUUAUAGAAAAGUGGGGUUGGAUAAAGCAAAAUAUUGUAGAAAAAUUUGUUAAUAAUUGUACAAUAUGUGCGAUACGAAAACCAUCAUUUCAUCCCUUAGCUGCAAAACCUAUUAUUGCAGGCGAUUUUUUAUCUCUUGAUAAUUUAUUUGAAAAUAGUAUUCGCGAUGAAGAAAAUAUUUCAGAUACUAUACAAAUAUUUGAUAAUUAUAUUAAAAAUUUAGAUGAUGAUAUAGUAUUUGGACAAGGUUAG